AUGGACUCCACGUCGAUAGCGGGCAUGAUCAGAAACGAUCUCGUCGAAGCCAUCGCGAAUCUGAUUCCCAAAGUCGACGCCAUGGUCAGCGAACAGGCGACAUUCCUCGCGGCUGACAACCGUUUCUCCUCCCUCGCGCCCGAACUGGCCAUCCUGCAAGCUUACACCACAGCUUCGCGUGCCAGGAGCUUGACAUCUGAUGAGACUGCGGCGUGGCGGAAGGUGUCGGAGUGGCUCACUGAUGCCGAGACUGUGCGGACCCAGUACCAACUGUAUUCACAUAUGGAGGCCGAACUCGAAGCCAAAAGAGGUGAGGCGGCAAGAGACUGGCUGCAUUCCACUUCCCUCACGGGAUACAGUGGGAUUGUCGACACCCCUCUUGUGGAUCGAUUCGGAUUGAUUGUGCCAAGUGCAACCUGGGCACUCGCCUGGCAGCAUCUGGCUUCAAGUACCGAGGGAACCACUAUUGCUCUCCCUAACCUGGGCAGGAGCUAUCCUCAGGGCAUUACUGUCGCGCUGACUUUGUCCGAGGUCGACGCGGAUGCAAAGAUGGACGACGAGACAGAGGUCAUCGACGAUAUCUGCGAGCGCAUCGGCGGUAAACACCAGGGCCUGAGAGGAAAGCUGGACGGAUACCUAAGUGAGGUCGGGAAAGCAGAGCGCCGGAUCAUUGAACGAGUUUUACCUGCUGGGCAGCAUGCUGAAGGGCGCAUCGGUGGGACGGAUCAUGGGGGCACUCAAGAGGAGAGUGGGCAGGGGUCGGACCGGCUGUCAGCAGCAAGGGCGGCCAACAAGUGGAUGCGUGACGUCCUUGAUCACCCGCAAAUUGCGAGCAUUGACCUUGAAGGGGUGACGGACGGUCGAAGCAUGAACCAGCGUCUCCUUGGACUGGAGUCUAUUGUGAAGAGGAUGUUCGAGUUUGAGGGGGUCGUGAAGGAAUUCCAGGGGACAUAA